GUCUAAAUUGGAUAUGCUAUCAAUAUUCUUCUUUUUUUUUUCUUUUGUUUCCAGUGAGUCUAUAGCCAGAGAAUCCAAAAUACACAGCUAUGGAAAGAGCUUCAAUGGGUUUGCAGCCAGACUAUUACCUCAUGAAGUGGAAAGACUACAAGAGGAAGAGAGUGUGGUGUCGGUGUUUAAAAACGCUAGGAACAAACUUCACACGACAAGAUCAUGGGAUUUUCUAGGAAUGAAACAAACAAUAAACAGAAGACACAAAACGGAGAGCAGCAUCAUCGUGGGUUUGCUGGAUACUGGAAUUUAUGUGGAGUCUCCCAGCUUCAAUGAUCACGGCUAUGGACCUCCCCCUAGUAAAUGGAAAGGAAAAUGUGCAGUAGGAGCAAACUUCACAGGCUGCAAUAACAAGGUAAUUGGUGCAAAAUACUACCACCUGGAAAAAACGGAUCCAGGACAACAAAGUCCAGCAGAUGAUGACGGCCAUGGCACGCACACUUCCUCCAUCGCAGCUGGUGUUGCCGUGAAUGGUGCAAGCUUAUAUGGUAUAGCAAACGGAACAGCCCGCGGCGGCGUCCCAUCAGCCCGCAUUGCCAUGUACAAAGUCUGCUGGGAAGGAGGCUGUUCAGACAUGGACUUAUUAGCUGGUUUUGAUGAUGCAAUUGCUGAUGGAGUAGACAUAUUAUCAGUUUCAAUUGGAGGAUUUAGCAGGAAUUAUUUUGAGGACCCGAUUAGCAUUGGAUCAUUUCAUGCCAUGAAGAAGGGGAUAUUGACUUCAUGUUCAGCUGGGAACAACGGGCCUCAGUUAUCAACUGUGGAAAAUGUUGCACCAUGGAUCAUGACAGUGGCUGCUUCUAGCAUAGAUAGGCAGUUCAUUACUUCACUCAAACUUGGCAAUGGCAUGAAAGCUUCUGGAAAACUUGCAAUCAACACAUUUUCACCAAAGAAGAAGAUUUACCCUUUAACCAAUGGCGCUCAUGCAACUAAUGUUACUUUUGGUUUCUAUGGGAAUAUCAGUGCUUGUGCUUCCGGGACGCUAGGAAUGGACAAAGUGAAGGGAAGAAUUGUGUACUGUCGUGGGGACAAUGGCCAAGAUUACACCAUUAGACAGCUAAACGGAGCUGGACUAAUCAUAUCUGUAGAUUCACAAACAGACAUCGCUUUCAGCACUCUAGUACCAGCUACUAGUGUCAACCUCAAGGAAGGCCACAAGAUAGAUCACUACAUUAACACAACCAAGAAUCCUCAGGCUGUUAUCUACAAGACCAAAACUGCCAAAAUUCGUGCUCCUGCUUUGGCAUCUUUCUCAUCCAGAGGACCUCAAUUACUCAGCCUCAACAUCCUCAAGCCUGAUCUGACUGCGCCAGGGCUAGACAUAUUAGCUGCCUACUCUAAAUUGGUAACAAUAACGGGGGAGCCAGGUGACGAUAGAUACUCCACAUUCAACAUUAUAUCAGGAACAUCUAUGUCUUGCCCUCAUGCUUCUGCAGCUGCAGCCUAUGUCAAGAGCUUCCACCCUGACUGGUCGCCAGCUGCAAUCAAGUCAGCUCUAAUGACUACAGCCACGCCCUUGAAAAUCAAAGAUGAAUUUUCAGACUUGGGAUCAGGAUCAGGCCAAAUUAACCCAAUAAAGGCAGUUCAUCCAGGCCUCAUCUAUGACAAUUCACUAAGUUUCUACCUUAGUUUCCUAUGCAAGGAAGGCUACAAUGCCACAACCAUUGGUCUACUAAUUGGUGGCAAGAAAAAGUACAAUUGCUCAGACUAUAAACCUGCACGAGGCACCGAUGGCCUCAACUACCCAACCAUGCAUGCACAGCUCAAAACUGCUGACUCCAGUAUUUCGGCGGUAUUCUAUCGGACGGUGACUGAAGUGGGGCCUGGAAAAUCAGUGUAUAAAGCAACUGUGACAGCUCCAAAUGGCCUUUCAGUCAAAGUUAUACCAGAGACUUUAACAUUCACUAGAGUGCACGAAAAGCAAAAUUUCAAGGUUAUAGUGAAGGGUGGUCCUAUGGCAGAGGGAACAGAUGUCCUAUCAGCUUCGCUUGAGUGGAAGGAUUCUGAGCACAGUGUCAAGAGCCCUAUUAUUGUCUGUAAACCCACAUAUCUUUAGGUUUCUUUGUUUUUUCAGUGAUUUCCAGUAGGCUCAAUUUAUGACUUUGCGAACUAGCUAGAUUGCCAAAUUUCCAAGUAGUAUCUGUUAGGCGUAAUAACAUUUUUCUUAACAUUUCUCC